CCCAAAACGGGUGGCCUAUCCUGCACUGCAUCACAAAACCUCAUCUAGAGCAUCGAGCUGAGAGGUAAGGAAGAGAAGAAAACAAUGGCGGGGAAAGACGACGACGUGAAGGUGCUCGGCGUGGUGGUGAGCCCGUUCGCGAUCCGCGUGCGCAUCGCGCUCAACAUCAAGGGCGUGAGCUACGAGUACGUCGAGGAGGACAUCUUCAACAAGAGCGAGCUCCUCCUCACCUCCAACCCGGUGCACAAGAAGGUCCCCGUGCUCAUCCACGGCGGCAAGCCCAUCUCCGAGUCGCUCGUCAUCGUGCAGUACGUCGACGAGGUCUGGGCCGCGGCGCCAUCCGUCCUCCCCGCCGACCCCUACGACCGCGCCGUCGCCCGCUUCUGGGCCGCCUACGUCGACAACAACAUGUUCCCUGGAAUGGCUGGCGUUCUUUUCGCGGCGACGGAGGAGGAGAGGGCGGCGAAGGCCGAGGAGACGCUGGCGGCGUUGGCGCAGCUGGAGAAGGCGUUCGCGGAGUGCGCGGGCGGGAAGGCGUUCUUCGGCGGCGACUCCAUCGGGUACGUCGACCUCGCGCUCGGGAGCAACCUGCACUGGUUCGAGGCGCUCCGCAGGUUGUUCGGCGUGGCGCUGCUGGACGCCGGCAAGACCCCGCUCCUGGCGGCGUGGGCGAAGCGGUUCGUGGAGGCCGAGGCGGCCAAGGGGGUGGUGCCGGACGCUGGUGUGGCGGUGGAGCUCGGCAAGAAGCUGCAGGCUCGUGCAGCAGCGGCUUCCACCGCUGCCUGAGUGGCUUGGAAUAAUUAUUCGUUUCGGAUGGAUCAAAUCGAUGGGUUCAUGUGAAGAUAAAACCGUGCGUUAUAUUAGAGUGCCAUUUGAAGUCUUGUUUAGUUCAUUUGUGGGGCUAUUAUGUAAAGUCUAAGCAUGCGUGCGUGUGUAUAUAUAUGUAUGCUCUCUGAUUCAUCGAUCAUUUGCAGAUAUACAGUGCUAUUGUUGUGUUAUUUGA